AUGGCAUCAACAGACAUCCGCAUGGAGAGUCUGACACCGCCCAGCACCGGCACCCCAGACAAACUUGCAGCCGCACAUCCAACAUCAGCAGCCAAAAAGUCCAGACGAAAGAUAUGGAUCGGGAUAACCGCAUUAGUAUCUUUAGCAGCAAUAGCUGGCAUCGUAAUCGCAGUACUAAUAAGUCAAAAAGUCAUCCGCGUGGGCUCCUCCUCUUCAAACAGCGUCUCCGAAGCAGCAGCAACCUCUCAAGCCGCCGAAGGCAGCAGUGGUGGUGGUGGUAACAAUAACAACGGCGGAUCCCCCCCACAACCCUCCAAGACCGACUCUGGCUCAGCAACAAACACAUCAGGCGGCACCUCAUCCCCCAUAAAGUCCAAUUCCCCAGACGACGAAGAUGAAGACGACAAAGACAACGAACCAGAAGUCGUCUGCCCUUCCCCCUCCGACAUCCCCAAAUCCUCCAAGGGAUCCUACUAUGACACAACAUCCUGGCUAACCCUCGAAGGCUUCAACUGUACAUUCACCACCAACACAAUCGGUUCAUUACCUUUAGUCGGUCUGAAUAGUUCUUACUCCAACACCGCCCGCGCAAACCCACAAGUCCCACCUCUUACAAAACCCUGGGGCUCAUAUGCCGCCCGUCCCGCUCGCGGUGUGAACCUCGGCGGAUGGUUAUCAUUAGAACCAUUCAUCACCCCAUCGUUAUUCGACUACCCACGUUCCGCAUCGAUCUACGACGAAUACGGCUUAACCCUCCACUUGGGACCCGAAAAGGCAGCUAAAGUUCUAGAACAGCAUUACGCUACUUUUAUCACCGAAGCUGAUUUCAGAGACAUUGCGGCCGCUGGGUUGGAUCAUAUUAGGAUUCCGUUUAGUUAUUGGGCCGUGGAGACUUACGAAGGGGAUCCUUAUGUUUCACAGAUCUCUUGGAGGUAUCUGUUGAGAGGUAUCGAAUGGGCUAGGAAGUAUGGGUUGAGGAUUAAACUCGAUCUUCACGGACUCCCCGGUAGUCAAAACUCUUGGAAUCAUUCCGGAAGACAAGGGAAAGUGAAUUGGUUAACCGGUCCCGACGGACCGGCGAACGCGGAAAGAUCGUUAAAAAUCCACGAUAAAUUAUCGAAAUUCUUUGCUCAGGAGAGAUAUAAAAACAUCAUCGCCUUCUACGGAUUAGCCAACGAACCCGGUAGAGAUCAUGAUAUCAACUUAUUGAUCCAAUGGACUCAAUCGGCUUAUAAGAUCGUUAAGGAUAACGGAAUCGAUGCUUCGCAGGUUAUGUCCGACGCUCUCCGUGGGUUAGGAGAAUGGCACGGAAGAAUGACAGGUCUGGGAGAUUCGAUGGUUUUGGAUGGUCACGAAUACGUUAUCUUUGAUAAUGCAUUAUUGUCUAAGACUCAUACCCAGAAGAUCGAGUUUGCGUGUCAAAUCUGGGUUGAUCAGAUCACUGGUAGUAUGAAUACCGCCACGGGAUUCGGUCCUACGAUGGUUGGGGAGUGGUCGCAGGCGGAUACCGAUUGUACACAACAUUUGAACGGGAUUAGUAACGGUGCCAGAUGGACUGGUACUUUCUUCAAUGGUUCCCCCGCGUGUCCUACGGGGGAUAAACAGUGCAGCUGUGAUCUUGCCAACGCCGAUCCCAAGGAUAUGUCGCCGGAGUAUAAGCUGUUUUUGAAGGUUUGGGCGGAAGCCCAGAUGGAUGCUUUCGAGAAGAGUUGGGGUUGGUUUUAUUGGACUUGGAAGACGGAGAGUGCGCCGUUGUGGAGUUAUAAGGCCGGAUUAGAAGGAGGGAUUAUGCCGGAGAAGGCGUACGAGAGGGAUUGGCAUUGCGAUAAGCCAAUCCCCAGCUUUGGGAAGUUGUCGGAGAUUUUGUGA